AUGGGUGUGUCCGGCAGCAAGUUCAUUGCUCGGGACCUUACCAUUGAAAACACCGCAGAACUGUCAAAGUACCAAGCGGUCUCCCUCCGUUCAGAUUCUGACUUGUCGGUGUAUUACAAAUGUGCCUUCAAGGGUUACCAAGACACGCUCUACGCCCGAAGCGGCCACCAAUUCUAUCGGGAUUGUGUGAUCACUGGGACGGUGGAUUUCAUCUUUGGGGAUGCCGCUGCAAUCUUCCAACACUGCCAGAUACGAGAUCGAGUAGCGUUACCCUAACAGACAACUCACGGACGACAAACUUCUGACCAUAAUACAGGUUUCUCGUGCCACCUCUGUAACAUCACAGCGGAUGAGGACCUAGCCAAGAAUAUCAGUCAGACGUUCACCUACCUAGGCAGGCCUCGGGGGAACUUCUCUGCCAGGGCGACCUUCAUGGAGUCCGAUUUGGGAGCUCUGAUCCGACCUGAAGGUUGGCUGGAGUGGGAUGGUCAGUCUGCGCCCGGUACCCUGUACUACGCCGAAUACAUGAACAGGGGGGACGACGCGAACACAACGAGUCGAGUCUCCUGGUUAGGCUACCACAGCCUUACGAGUUCGGGAGCUGCCAAUUUCACGGUGGCCCGUUUUAUUCAUGGAGACUCAUGGCUGCCAUCAAUGGGCGUAGAAUACAGAGCGGGAUUAUGA